ACAUGGCCCAGUGCUUGUCACAUAGCACAGUGCUUUUGAGGAUCUCUUCCUGCUGCCUUGCUAAGUUUGCUGUACUCAAGAGUCUAUAGUGUGCUACUGAUUAACUGUUGUUAGUAUGGCAGAUCUGAUUGAGGAGCCUAAUUGUAAAAGACCACAUUUAAUAGGCAAUACACCUAUAAGUCAAAGUACAAAUGAACAUGACCAGUUUGACUUUCUAAAGAUGAAAAAGCUUAUUGCAAGUAUAAAAAGUCUUGAGGAGAGCAUCCAAGAACAGAAAGACAGACGAAAUGUAUUAUUUGCUGAGAUAUCCCAAGCCAAGUCCGAAUCAGAUGAAUCAGUAUUAAAGCUUGUCUCAGAUAUUAUAAAGGAUUUGAAAAAGUACAAAGAAGAAUGGGAAUCUAGAAUGAAAGAGCUGACACAUUUUCAUGACAGUUUUGGAUUCAAUGUUGAGGAAUCUUGCAAGUUGUCUUUUUGUCUUGUGGAUUUGUUUUAUCCAACCAUAUUGGAAAUAUCUGUUGUUAACGAAAAUAUGGGAGCCAAAAUUUCACCAAGUAUCUUGCCACCGUUACUAACACCGGUUACUACGAAAAGUCGUGAUGCCAGUGGCGAGUAUAAUAUACUAGCCACUGGUAAAUAUAUAUAUUUUUUCAAUAAAGUUAUAGCUGCAACAAAUGCUCGUUCAUCUCAUUUUCAAGAACUUUUCCCAAUAAAAACUGCAGCACCGAAUAUAGAAGUUACAUACUGCCCAGAAUUUGUUCCGCCGAAAUCGUUCCUUGCAGAUUGUGACAAUAAAGAAUUGGUGACCAGCAUUUUAGUGGAUGUUAUACCACAACUGUUUGUCCUACGUACUUCCUUAAAGACAGAAAAAGCCAUCAAGGAUGUUUUUAUUCAAACUAUGCGCACAGAUGUCCACUUUGACACAUUAGCAGUGAAAGGUCUGAAAGUCAGCAAGGAUGCAUACUUUGGACGUUGGCUGAAGAUACACUAUGGAAACAAGUUUCUCAUUAAGGACAAUGAGUGUUUGACAGAACUACCUGUGACACUGCACCAAUCAUCUCGGCCUGACUUUUGUCUUUUGCCCAAAUCAAAUAGCUUUUCUGCAGUGUCUGUAUCAACCCAACCAGAAGAGGAUGAGGACCCUGAGCAGAUUUCCAUAUCAUCAGAAGAGGAGCAGGAGGGUGUUGAAGAAGAGGAAUAUAGUAAAAAGCAAAAGGCUCAGGCACUCGCAAAUAUGGUUGCAGUUGUGGGAUUUCUCGUAACUAAUGCCAUCGUAGAAGAUAAAAAGUUCCAUAAAAUUACUAUUUAUGGACUACAGUGCUGCUAUAUAGAUGACUGUGCUUCAUUAAUGAAGUUAGUUUUAGAUUUUAAGAAGAAUGUUUCGCAGCUAUUUGAAUAUAAAGGCACACAGCGUAUUGGAGACCAGAUUGCACGGGUCAGUGCAAUAAUAGAGAAGGAAAGUCAACUGUAAUCUUUACUUGAGUAACAGUUACCUCGGUGUUAUUAUUAAUAUUAUUGUAUAUAAUCAAGUUAAACCAUAAUUAUCACUAUUGUUACCUCUCUAUUUCACUCUUCCUUUUUAUUAUUAUUGUUGUUGGAGUAAUAAUACAAUCAAGUUCAACUAUAAUUAUUAUCAUUAUUGUUAUCUGUCUUUGUCUGUCCAUUUUAUUCUUCUUUCUAAUCAUUUUCAUGAUAAUGAUUUAAUCAUCGACUAAUAA